UAUCAAUCUCCACGAUACAUCCUCGCUGGUUGCUGCAGAUCUACAGCCAGGCACUUCAAUUUUUAUUAUUUUCCUCAAAUUCGAUCUCUCUUUCGGCAAUCAAAUCCAACCCUAGUUCGUUUUUGACUCGGCCGCCAUUGACAAUCCUUCCAACCUACAAUCCCUACGAACUGAAAAUUAAGCUAUUGAAGGACUUCUUUGGUUGCUGACUUGCUGUAGAUUCGAUUUUCUUUUUCCCUUUUUGCAGAACUUAUACUAUUUGGUAGUUUGACCAACAAUGAAAGAAGGGAAAUCGACUAAAUUGAAUAAUCAGCAGUUACAGCAACAUCAAAACGGUCAUUUGUCUCCUUUCAAAUUUGCUAAAUUGUUGGAUCCAGAGGCUUCAUGGGAUAAGGAUCAAUUGGGUGAUGUCUUGCAUUGGAUUAGGCAAGUAGUGGCAAUUCUGUGUGGGUUGCUUUGGGGCGCUAUACCUGUGGUUGGGGGCAUAUGGAUCGCCGUUUUUCUCAUGAUAUCCUCUGGGAUUGUAUAUGGUUAUUAUUCAAUGAUAUUAAAGGUUGAUGAGGAAGAAUUUGGUGGUCAUGGUGCUCUCCUUCAAGAGGGGCUUUUUGCUUCUAUUACUCUCUUUCUGCUUUCAUGGACUCUAGUAUAUAGCUUGGCGCAUUUCUGAUUAGCUUGGUACACCAAUUUGGCUGCCUUGUGCCUCCACUAUUAAAUUGUCAUUUGAUCUUACUAAGUUGUAUGCGGCACCAUUACAUAUGCCCUGAAAACAAUGAGAAAGUUCUUGCUAUUAUUAUCACUUAGAUACACCAUGAUUGUGCAACACCUUUGAUUUCAGGAUGCAUUUAGAAUGCAAAGUUCUCAUUGAUGAUAAAUCAAUGUUAUCAUAAAUGUCAGAAAUUGCAACAUCUGGGAAUCAAAAUUCUGAAUUGGCUCAUUUUGAAUGCUCAAUGCAGUUUGUAUAGAUAGGAAGUCUUUUUUUUUUUUCUUCCAGAUGAGGAACCUGUGGAAACAGCAACUGGUUUCCUAUUCCUAAUUGUACUUCCCUGCUGGGAGAGAUUGAAAGCAAUGUGCUGCAAAGCCAAAUGCGUGAAGAUUUUGUAUGCUGAUAAUUAUAAUUGCGUGAGCAAGGGUUUAAUUUUACCUA